AUGAUUAUGCUGAGACUUCUGUUUAUUCUAGAGCUAUGCUCUUCACUGCCACCAAUGCGUUGGGAUAUUUCAUCUUGCGUUGAAAAUAAACUCCGAGCAGAAACAAACCAGCGAAUCGUCGUUUCUCAAUCCUUCCCCAACGCGAUCCAGGUCGGCUGGAACUGCGAGUAUGAAAUCUACGUUUCUGACCCAAACGACCGAAUCAUCAUCGAGUUCCAGCAUUUUUCAAUGCAUCCAAGCUGCGAGGUUCAAAACCUAACCAUCACGGAUGUCAAAAGUAAACGAGAAGCUGGUCCGUAUUGCGGAACAGAUUUACCGUUGAAGUUUGUCUCUGACAGCACUGAAAUCAGCAUCAAAACAUUCACCGGCGCAAACAGCGGUGACAUCGAUACAGAGGGAUUCAUGUACAACUACUGGAAAGUGCCAAAAGAAGAAGCAAUUCAGCCAGUUCCAAUUUCCAGCUCAACAAAUUCAUUUGGCAAUGGAGGCAUGUUCAUGCUCAACCCGGGCCCAGCAGGGGCGAAUCCAAGCUAUCCUCAAAGCCCAUUCAGCAAUUCAGUUCCUCCAGCUUUUUCUCCUGGCAAUUCUCAAAGUAGUGGGACUUUCCAAGAGCCAAGUAGAGUUAUGGCUAAUGGAGUACCGAUGAUUGGGCCAUCCGGGCAGCAAGCGACGAUUUACUCGAAGAAGGAUUCUAGUGAGCCAAGAUCUCCAGAUAUCAAAUCGAAUCUUCCUGGUGGCUCAACUGGCUACAUCACUCCCAAUUACGAGAAAAACAAGGAAGAGCUUGAGUUGAUGAACCUCUGGGAGGAGGGAGAAGAGAGUGGCUGGACUGUGCCGAAAAUAAUUGGAGUCGCUGCGGGUGGACUUUGCUUGUUGAGCUUGAUUGCGGCGGGUUUUCAGAUUUAUAUGACAAAGAAAGAGAGAAAGGUCAAAAGAAGAAUUCAGAGAAAUAGUGAUUCUAACAGCUCGUUCUCCUCCUUCGAUUCUUACGACGAGCAUCGCCAACGACGAAAAGAAGAAAAAAGAAAGCGGCGACAGCAAAAAGAAGAGCUUCAACUUCGAAGCCAAAAGGUUUCACGGGCGAAUAAGGACCUCAAAGCUGUCCAACAAUCGAGCUUCGAUAAAAAUGCAUUGCAUAAUGCAGAGAGAGCGAUUCAAAUCAAAAAACUUCAAGAAAAAUUGGAAAAAUAUAAAAAGAAUAUUUAUAUUUCAGCGUCUUUCCGAUCUGGUUCUUCGUUUCUUGGCUCUAUUUUUGACCAGAAUCCUGAUUUUCUAUAUUAUUUUGAGCCGCUAACGGGAAGUCUUACAGAACGCCGAGAAAUUCUCGAAGAAGCCUACAGUUGCCAACUCCCUAGAAAUCGCAAGGACAACCCAAGAGAUCGUGUUCAAUUGUCUCACACUAUCGGCCACUGGUACGGAUCAGAAACGCUUUGCAGCCCGCCAUUUUGUCAAGAAGCAAAGAUGUGGUGCCAGAAAUGCCCGGACCCAUUCAAAACCAAAGUUGGAAAAGAAAAACUUAUUCAAUUCUGUGGCGAGAAAAAAGGCGUCGCAAUAAAAGAAUUUCGUCUGCACGGUCCGGAGGAUCUUUAUCACUUAUUGAAGCCAGAGAUCAAUUUGAAAAUCAUCCGACUUGUGCGAGAUCCAAGAAGCAUGUUCUUAUCAAGGCGAAAACUAAGCAAAGUAUACAAAGCCGAGCAGGCCGUCGACAAAGUAUUCGACGAUUGCGAAAAGACACUUGAUUUCUUCCUUGAUUCCAAAAUUGCUAAAUAUGUCAUUUUUGUUCGCUAUGAAGAUAUAUCAAGAUUUCCGGCUGAAAUUCUUUCUGGAAAAGGGUUUUUUGGCGAGUGUAUAAUAUGUAUAAAAUUUGUGUAUCAAAUACCACAACAGCAAAAACUUUCGUUUGGGAUUAAAACACGUAUCAUUACAGGUUGUUCAGACUGGGCAAAAGUAUCAACGGGCCAAACUUCCUUCCGUUCUGGGUCUUCGUUUCUUGGCUCAAUUUUUGACCAGAAUCCCGAUUUUCUUUAUUAUUUCGAGCCUCUAACCGGAAGUCUAACAGAACGCCGAGAAAUCCUCGAGGAAGCCUACAGUUGUCAAGUGCCAAGAAAUCGCAAAAACAACCCAAAAGAUCGUGUUCAAUUUUCUCACACUAUUGGCCAUUGGCUCGGUUCAGAAACGCUUUGCAGCCCGCCGUUUUGUCAAGAAGCAAAGAUGUGGUGCAAAAACUGCUCCGACCCGUUUAAAACCGAAGUAGGAAAAGAAAAACUUAUCCGGUUCUGCGGCGAGAAAAAAGGCGUCGCAAUAAAAGAAUUUCGUCUGGACGGUCCGGAGGAUCUUUAUCACCUAUUGAAGCCAAAAAUCAAUUUGAAAAUCAUCCGACUCGUCCGGGAUCCAAGAAGCAUGCUCUUAUCAAGGCGAAAAUUAAGGAGUUUUUACAAGGCCGAGCAGACUGUCGAGAAAGUAUUCGACGAUUGCGAAAAAACACUUGAUUUCUUCCUUGAUUCCAAAAUUGCUCAAAAUGUCAUUUUUGUUCGCUAUGAAGAUAUAUCCAGAUUUCCGGCUGAACUGACAGCCCAGAUUUAUAAGAAGCUUGAUGUCGAGAUGAGCAAAGAGUUUGUUGAAAAGUUUUAUGAAGCAACACAUUCAGUAAGAAAAUCCUUCUUUAGUAUCAACAAAGGAAAAACAGAAGCCGAGCUUUUUGACGGCUGGAAAAAAGGGCUCGACGCUGAGAAAUUCAAUGCCACGGAGAUUUCGCAAAUUGAAGCAAGAUGCAAAGUCCUGAUGAAGAUAUUCGGUUACAGAAAAGAUGUUUUGCUGAGUCCGAAUAUUUCUUCGGCGGAAGAGAAUUGGAGUCCGACAGAUAGAAGAAUUGUAAUGUUCAAUUUAUAG